AUGCCUACAGAAUUCAUCAGCUUGACAUUCCCUAAUGCAUCGACGGAAGUCAACCCAAUUCCCAAUGCUUCAAUUGACCCGGAGUAUCUCGUCCGCUAUGCUCGGACUCUGGAUGACUAUGGCUUCAACUACACCCUAGUGCCAUACGAUUCAUCUUAUUUUGAUCCAUUCACAGUUGGCGCGACAAUCGCGUCGGUGACCAAGAACCUCAAGAUUAUCAUCGCGCUUCGACCAAAUACUCUUUAUCCAACCGUCGCAGCCAAAGCUCUCGCAACUCUCGACCAGCUCAGCUCCGGACGAGCUGUCGUUCAUUUUAUCGCUGGUGGUAGUGAUGCCGAGCAAGCCAAGGAAGGCGAUUUCCUUACCAAGGAUCAGCGGUACGCACGCCUUGAAGAAUAUAUCAAGAUUCUGCGCCGUGCAUGGGAAUCAGCGGAUCCAUUCGACUGGGACGGCCAAUAUUAUCAGUUCAAGCAAUUCAGCAACAAAGUUCGCCCCGUCAAUGGCAAUAUUCCAGUCUCGGUCGGUGGAUCCUCAGAUGAAGCUUACCGUAUCGGUGGCUCGCUUGCCGAUAUUUUCGGACUUUGGGGAGAGCCACUGAAGGAAACUAAAGAGCAAAUCGAUCGUAUCUAUGCUGAAGCAGCAAAGGCAGGUCGUCCAGAGAAUGACCGACCGCGAAUCUGGGUCACUUUCCGUCCCAUUAUUGCUGAAACAGAUGAGCUCGCUUGGGCAAAGGCUCACCGAACUCUGGAUAUACUGAAUACAACCCGCGCCAACGGGCAGGGCAAGGUCCCUGCAAAUGCGCCACCUCCACAGAACGUGGGCUCCCAGAGGCUGUUGGAUAUUGCUGCCAAGGGUGAAGUUCAAGAUCGUGCUUUGUGGUAUCCUACGGUUACUGCGACAAAUGCGCGUGGAGCAUCAACUGCGCUCGUCGGAUCACCGAAGACAAUUAACGAUUCCAUUCUGGACUAUGUCGACCUUGGAGCUGAGCUGAUCUCUAUUCGUGGUUAUGAUAACCUCAAUGAUGCUAUCGACUAUGGACGCUACGUCUUGCCCGAUGUUCGAAAGGUGUUGAAAGAGCGGGAGACUAAGGACACCACAGCCUAA